CCAUCUCUCCCACUCCAUCUUCUUCUCCAAUUCCCUCUCCAAAAUCAAAUGGAUACCACCAACCUUCCCCUAAUUCCACUAUCCAUAACCCUAAUCGCCAUCAUCACUGCUCUCUUAAUAUACCUCCGGCGCCGCCCAAGACUCCCACCGGGACCUCCUCCCCGUCCAGUGGUCGGAAACUUAUACGACAUAAAGCCGGUGAGAUUCCGCUGCUUCUCCGAAUGGGCUGGAACUUACGGUCCGAUCAUGUCUGUGUGGUUUGGGACGACGUUGAAUGUAGUGGUCUCGAGCUCGGAGCUGGCGAAGGAGGUUCUCAAAGACAACGACCAGCAGCUCGCCGAUCGACCACGGAGCCGAUCGGCGGCGAGGUUUAGCAGGGACGGGAAGGACUUGAUCUGGGCGGACUAUGGGCCGCACUAUGUGACGGUGAGGAAGGUGUGUAAUUUGGAGCUGUUUGCUCCGAAGAGGUUGGAGGCUCUCCGGCCGAUCAGGGAGGAUGAGGUCACCGCCAUGGUUGAGUCUAUCUUCAGAGAAUGCACUCUUCCUGAGAAACAAGGCAAAAGCUUAGUAGUAAAAGACCAUCUCGCUGGCGUGGCAUUUAACAACAUAACAAGACUGGCAUUCGGGAAGCGAUUCAUGAACUCAGCUGGAGUAAUGGACGAGCAAGGAGUUGAGUUCAAAGCCAUCGUCCAAAACGGGCUCAAGCUCGGUGCUUCACUGUCUCUGGGUGAGUACGUGCCAUGGCUCCGCUGGAUGUUCCCCUUGAACGAGGGCGCCAUAGCCAAGCACGGUGCUCGCCGUGACCGUCUAACCAAAACCAUCAUGGCCGAGCACACCCGCGCCCGCGCCCAGUCCGGCGCCAAGCAACACUUCGUCGACGCCUUGCUCACUCUCCAGUCCAAAUAUGAUCUCAGCGAAGACACCAUCAUUGGCCUUCUUUGGGACAUGAUCACAGCUGGAAUGGACACAACUGUAAUAACAGUAGAAUGGGCAAUGGCGGAACUGGUUAAGCACCCAAGAGUUCAACAAAAAGCUCAAGAAGAGCUUGAUCGUGUAGUAGGACGUGAUAGAAUCAUAACAGAAGCAGACUUCGCCAACCUGCCUUAUCUCAACUGCCUGGUUAAAGAAGCUCUCCGGCUGCACCCACCAACCCCUCUCAUGCUCCCUCACAAAGCCAACACCAACGUUAAGCUUGCCGGCUAUGACAUCCCCAAAGGUUCCAAUGUCCAUGUUAAUGUCUGGGCCAUUGCUCGUGACCCACAGGUCUGGAAAGAACCACUUGAGUUCCGGCCUGAGAGGUUUCAAGAAGAGGAUAUUGAUAUCAAGGGACAUGAUUUCAGAGUGUUGCCUUUUGGCGCAGGGCGCCGAGUGUGCCCUGGUGCGCAGCUUGGGAUCUACCUUGUUGAGUCAAUGCUUGGUCAUCUCUUGCACCAGUUUAAGUGGGACUUGCCGGAGGGGAUGAAGCCGGAGGAUGUGGACAUGACGGAGAACCCUGGAAUGGUGACCUUCAUGCAUACGCCAUUACAGGCCGUGGCCACGCCAAGGUUGGACUGUGUGGACUUGUAUAAGCGUGUGCCUGUGGAAAUGUGAUCGGUGUUCUUGGUCUCUUGUCUGCCUGGGCUGGGCUCUUUGUCUUGUUCUUCUGUUUUGGCCUUUUAUUUUAUUUUUCUCUCAACGUUGGUCCUUGUUUUUAAUUGUCAUAUAUAAGAAGAGAUGUUGUUUUACUUUA